UCCGGUUUUGUUUUGAUCCUCGAAAGCGCCAGCGCCAACAACAUCGCGUGACGCAAGGUGGAAUCUGGCUAAUCCGCUUUGAAGGACGCUGUCGUCUGCCGCCAAGUCUGGGACUGCUUUGUUUAUUUCCGGCACAUCGCCCGUAUUCACAUGUGACACUUUCUAGUAACGCGGAUACUAUCUCUACGCUUGCAUCCUUCGCGUGAGAUGUCGUUUCGAAACCGACGCAGCGUUCCUGACUCCAGGAAAACUUCCUUCGAAAACCUCGAUGAUUUCGCACGCCAAGGAUACAGCUACAGCCAGACCCCAGACGAAGCGAAAGUUGGAAGCAGCUACAUCACUAGCGGGUAUCCAGAUGAAGCAAGGAGUAUUCAUGCUGUCCGUGUAUGCUCCUCGCAUUUCACCGAUAAUGUGUACCUGGAUGAGAACAUCGUGCAAGUGCAACUUGGAUUGACACAAAAAAGGAACGAAUUGAAACUUGACGCCGUUCCGACAGUGUUCCACGAACAAAGCGAGCCAGCAACUUCGACACUGCAGGCAGCUCGACAGGGUCAAGCGCAAGUGAAGGACCAGGUGCUGCUGAUCCAAGUCCCAUCCAUCCAUGAAACGGCAUCAAACAAUGAUCUUCCAGAACAGUGCUUUCUUCAUCCAAGUUCAAGAAGUAAAGAGAAUGACUUCAUGGCUUCUACUGACAUCUCACAGCUACAUGCCAAGACAAAAUAACUUGAAAACAGGAAAUGAAAAGAAAAAAAAAAGGUCCGUUUCAGGUCCACCCAAAUCUUUGUGCAGUGGCUGACAACAACGUUAUUGUGAGAUGAUGAAUGAUGCUGAUGCGGCGUUGAGACUAAGCCCUUGUUUCCUUUUUUGCAAUGCUAUACAUUACUGCUGGUUAAAUGUAAAAUGAUGCACCUACCUCCAGACAUUAAAGGGGCUACCAGAGAUGUAGUGUCAAUUCAACAGAAAAGCUGCAUCUUCUACGAGGCACUGUCACGUAAGCAUUGGCCAAAU